AUGAAAAUUGAAAAAGUUCCUCAAGAUGGAUAUAUUGGGCUGACCAAAACCUAUCUUUUAACUAUCUGUUUUUUCCUGAAUGCAUUGUAUGUGUUAAUAGAGCGGGUUUUUUUGGUGUUUGAUAGUUUGUUAGCAGCAGCUGUGCUUGGGGCAUUGGUGUGGCACCCAAGCAGUCCCCCAGCAGCCAAGCCUUGCAGGGUGGAGCGCCUCGACCCAUCUCCCUCUGCUGCAGGAAGCCAGGUGGUUCUCCCUGAGUUAUCCGUUCAAUGGCAUGAUGCAGUUUAUCCCUUGUCCAAGGCAGAUGUAUUUCUCAAGAGUGACCGGGUUGCAAGAAUGGUCCACAGCGGAGGAUGUUCUGCAAAUGACUUUAGAGAUGUUUUUAAGAAAAACAUAGAAAAGAGGGUCCGAAGUUUGCCGGAAAUUGAUGGAUUAAGCAAAGAGACAGUGUUAAGUUCUUGGCUAGCCAAAUACGAUGCCAUAUACAGGGGAGAAGAGGACUUUUGCAAACAGCCGAAUAGAAUGGCCUUAAGUGCUGUAUCGGAGCUGAUUCUGAGCAAGGAACAGCUUUAUGAAAUGUUUCAGCAGAUUCUAGGGAUCAAAAAAUUGGAACACCAGUUGAUUUAUAAUGCCUGCCAAUUGGAUAAUGGAGAUGAGCAAGCAGCCCAGAUCAGACGUGAACUAGAUGGACGACUACAAUUGGCAGAACAAAUGGCAAGGGAAAGAAAAUUCCCAAAAUUCGUAACACGAGAAAUGGAGAACAUGUACAUAGAAGAGUUGCGGUCUUCGGUGAAUUUGCUGAUGGCAAAUCUGGAAAGUCUUCCAGUGUCUAAAGGUGGGCCAGAAUUUAAACUGCAGAAGUUAAAGCGAUCACAGAAUUCUGCGUUCUUGGACAUAGGAGAUGAAAAUGAGGUUCAGCUAUCGAAGUCUGAUGUGGUCCUCUCCUUCACAUUAGAGAUUGUUAUAAUGGAGGUACAAGGUUUAAAGUCAGUCGCUCCCAAUCGAAUUGUCUACUGCACUAUGGAAGUAGAAGGGGGCGAGAAGCUUCAGACGGACCAAGCAGAAGCUUCCAGGCCACAAUGGGGAACUCAAGGGGAUUUCACCACUACUCACCCUCGGCCUGUUGUCAAAGUAAAACUCUUUACAGAAAGCACCGGGGUGCUGGCACUUGAAGAUAAAGAACUGGGAAGAGUAGUGUUGUAUCCAACAUCCAAUAGCCCAAAGUCACCUGAUCUGCAUAAAAUGAUAGUUCCCAAAAACAGCCAGGACAGUGACUUGAAAAUUAAACUGGCGGUGAGAAUGGAUAAACCACCUCACAUGAAGCACUGUGGAUAUUUGUAUGCUCUAGGACAGAAGGUUUGGAAGCGGUGGAAAAAACGCUACUUUGUUCUUGUUCAGGUUAGCCAAUACACGUUUGCAAUGUGCAGUUACAGAGAAAAAAAGUCUGAGCCUCAGGAACUGAUGCAACUCGAAGGAUACACUGUGGAUUAUACAGCUCCUCACACAGGUCUUCAGGGUGGUCGAAUGUUUUUCAAUGCUGUUAAAGAAGGCGAUACUGUGAUAUUUGCCAGUGACGACGAGCAGGAUAGAAUACUCUGGGUUCAAGCGAUGUACAGAGCCACAGGUCAAUCAUAUAAGCCUAUUCCUGCAAGUCAAGCUCAGAAGAUGAAUCCUAAAGGAGGAAAUGUCAACACAGGUAUAUCCCCACUUUCUGGCAAAGAUACAGACCGUGGUCAGAAACAUGGCAUGGAUGAGUUUAUUUCUGCUAAUCCCUGCAAAUUUGACCACGCUUCCCUCUUUAGACUGCUUCAGAGGCAGACCUUGGAUCACAGAUUGAAUGACUCCUAUUCUUGUUUGGGUUGGUUUAGCCCAGGUCAAGUCUUCGUAUUAGAUGAAUACUGUGCUCGCUACGGAGUGAGAGGCUGUCACCGCCAUCUUUGCUAUCUCAAUGAAUUGAUUGAACAUUCAGAAAAUGGUUCUGUCAUUGAUCCAACCUUACUCCACUACAGUUUUGCAUUUUGUGCUUCUCAUGUUCAUGGUAACAGGCCAGAUGGAAUUGGAACAGUAUCUGUUGAAGAGAAAGAGAGGUUUGAGGAAAUUAAGGACAGACUUUCCUCCCUUUUAGAAAACCAAAUAAGCCAUUUCAGGUGA